AUGAAGCGAGUGGUAUUAUUAAAAUCGGAAAGUGAAAGUGUCGACAGCUAUACUACGUUGUUGCAGGCGCAUAAUUUUCAGCCGAUUUUCGUGCCAACACUGGAGUUUCGUUUCAAGUAUUUGGAUAAAUUGCGCGAAAAACUGCAAGACCCUGAUGCUUUUUCGGGCAUUGUGUUCACCAGUCCACGGAGUGUUGAAGCUUGUGAAGAAGCGCUCAACGAAGAACGCCUAAAAUUGCACGAAAAAUGGGGCAAGUUACAUAAUUAUUGUGUUGGUGAGGUGACACAUAAUUUAAUUCAUGUUGCACUCGAUUUAAAUGCUCGUGGCAAGCACACUGGCAACGCAAACAAUUUGGCCGAUUUCAUAUUCGAAAAUGUGGAAGGUGCACGGCUCCAGUAUCCGUUUCUAUUUCCGUGUGGCAAUCUGCGACAAGACACACUACAACUCAAACUGAUGGAUUAUGGCUACUAUUUGGAUGCGAUUGAAGUGUAUGAAACGGUUGCACACAGCGACCUUGAAUCGAAUCUUAAGCGAGCAUUGAUCGAUGACAAAGCUGAAUAUUUGGCAUUUUUCAGCCCAUCAGGUGUGAACUAUACAACCGCAAUUCUACGCAAAUUAGAUGUAAAUUUAGCCAAUUUUAAAUUAAUUGCCAUCGGGCCGAGCACACGCAAGUGCCUCGAAUCAAAUGGUUUUCAAGUGUACAAGACUGCCGAAAAACCAUCGGUCGAGUAUCUGGUGAAAGCACUAUUAGAAUCAUAGUUCCUUUUUUUUUAUUUUCUCGGUUCUAUUGUGUACUGUGCAUGUUUGUUAAGGUGUUUAUUGCAAUUUAUUGAGUGACCUCUUUCUCUCUUUCUCUCUUUCUAUCUCCCAGAGCACAAAUAUUCAAAGACACACAAAAAGUCAAAUAAGAAUGUUCAUUGUGAUGCCAAAUGGUUUGAUUUUGAUAAGUCCUAUACACUAUUUACUGAAAUCAAACGCUUUUUUAAUCUAUUAUAAGUCUUAAUUACAUCUAAUAAGCUCCCAAUUUAUUUACCUCUUUUAUUUGCUUUUUACAUUAAAUAAACACAUUUUUUUCUGGGAUUGUUACAAAAAACAAACAAA